AUGCAUCCCGAGCACAAAGUUGAGCCCGCCUCGUCGGCCGUCUCCACGAUAUUCAACAUCCCGUACCUCAUCUGGGAGUUUACAGAAAGCAAUUUCCCAACCUUUGUCAUCCCAAACACCACGUUUGGCAUUCUAGGAGCCCUCGCCGGCUUUCAUCUCGCAGAUGGCCAGCUGCCUUCGCUGUGGCAGGUGGCCCAAGCCCUCCCCCUAGUCAUCGCCUUCAACUGGUACAACGUCCUGAUAUUCGACCUCGCGAACCAGAGAUCCGAAGAGUCGGUUCGCGAAGAUCUCAUCAACAAGCCCUGGCGCCCGAUUCCGUCCGGCAAGAUAUCCGGAGACCAGACCAGACGAUCUAUGCUGAUGGCCGUCCCGAUCGCCCUCGCCCUCAACUACUGGCUAGGAGUUUGGAAGGAAGGUGUCUUCAUCCAGAUCCUGACCUGGCUCUACAAUGAUCUCAAAGGUGGAGAUGAGGUAGUACGGGAUCUGAUUAUAUCUGUCGCAUACGGUUGCUUCAACCACGGUUCGCUGCGCAUCGCGCUCGGAUCACAGGCCACCGUCAACCAGGAGGGCUUGACGUGGAUCCUCAUCAUCAGCGGAGUCAUCCUUACGACUAUGCAGGUGCAGGAUCUCAAGGACCAGGAGGGUGAUAAAACACGGGGGCGUUUGUCCAUUCCCUUGCUCCUGGGGGAACAGUUCUCACGCAUCUCCAUCGCCAUAGCUGCAGCUGCCUGGUCCAGCAUCUGCCCAUUCUUCUGGAAACUCUCACCAUUGGCUUAUGUCGGACCAAUGGUAGUUGGAGCAGUCUUGAUGACGAGUGUCUUGUUUCGAAAGACGGUCAAGGCAGAUGACCAGUCGUGGAAGAUUUGGUGUCUAUGGACAAUGUCUCUUUACACAUUGCCAUUAUUUACGCUAUCAUGA